UCCAUCCAUCCAUCACUUCAUCUUCUUCAGGCCAAUAUAUAUAAAAAUAAUCUGUUCAUCAUGGAUACGACGGCUGCAAUUAGUAGUAAGCCUGGCAAACGAGAAAUCAGAGCCACCAUUCUUCUUGCAGCGGUGGCCUUCCAUGCCCCACUGCUGCUGGUGCUGAGCUCGCGGCAGCGACGCGGCGCCAAUCCGGUGGGCCGCUUCUUGCUCUGGAGCGUGUCGGCGGCCUACUUCCCGCUGAUGACGUCCGUCCUGUCCUACCUGACCACCUACAUCCCGUCCGCCGGCGCCCAGGCCACCGGCGUACUCGUGCUCGUCAUCCUCGUCCAGUUCCUCAGGGCCAAGGCCGACAUGGCGGCCAUGGCCGUGGCUGCGGUGGCCUCGCCGGCGUCCGGCGACGACGACGUCAACAGCCUCAAGAUCCGGCCGUCCACGGAGAGCUUCAUCAACACCUUCUGGGUGGCUGGCCUUGUCAUCUACAACAUCAUCAGCACCGCCCUGAAGGACCUCAAGUCCAGGGAUUCCAACGCAGACGACUUGGAAAACGCCUGGUUGAUGAUCGAGGUGAUGGUGCUCAUCUCCCCGCUGUGGGCACUUGGUGCUUGCCGGACGGUGCUCAGGUUCGCCGCCUUCCAGAGGGCGACGGACUCCUUCGCGCUCGGCCGCAACGUGCAGCUCAUCGACGGCUACAUGCUGCAGCUCCGGGAAGAAGGCGGCUGGUUCGUUGACGGCGGCGAGAUGGCGGCGGCGGGCCAGCAGCCCCAGCACCGACUCCCUGAUGAAGUACAAGUACCCCCUCUCAUCGUGACCGGGGAAAGCAAGAAGGACGUGGAAGAGAGCCCGCUAGGGUACCAUGUCAAGCCUUCGUCACUGAAGCAGCAGCAAGGUGCUGAAGCAUGGAGGAAGAAGAGUAGUAGGCUGGUCACCUUGGACCGUGUCUGGAAAUCAGACAGUGACGACGACAACCGUCGUCCCCUCCAGCCGGAGGACAAGGAUCUCUGCCUAUCCUUCGCUCUAUUCAAGUGCCUGCGCCGGCGGUUCGCCGGUUACCGGCUCGCCGCCGAGGCCGGCUCUACCUGGGCGUUCCGUUUCGUCUGCGACGGGCUGCUGCUCGACCGGAGCAGAAACAAAGACGACUACGAGAGGGUCUUCAGGGUGAUCGCCACCGAGCUCUCGUUCGCCAGCGACUUCUUCCACUCGCCUCUCCCCGUCGCGUCCUUGGGCACCACGGCCGCGGCACUCCACUUCGUCUUCUCCCUCAUCAUCUUGCCCUCGCUUCUGUUGCUAGCAUUCGUCCUUCUCGUGAUCUACGUAGAGAUAGUAGGCUCCUCUUCCAAGCACUACUGCUACCCAUUGGAGCUGCUUGCUCUGAUUCUGACGCUGACGAACGCCGGCCUCGAGAUCUCAGAGAUGGUCGCUAGCGUGCGCUCCAACUGGACCAAGAUCAGCAUAAUCGGGCACAUCGUUCGGUCCAAACACCACUGCACACGCAGGUUCUUGGCCUGGCUGCUCAGACGAUGCAAGACCCCCAAGUUUUGGCACGACAAGAUCCAGCAGACGCAGAUGCUAAAGACAGACCUCUUCGUCGUGCAGCAGCGGCCAUGUGCGUGGAGCCGCCGCCGCUUGAGAGCCAGCAGUAGGCUCAGUAGGCAGCUGCUCUCCCUCGGAUGGGGGAGGAACCACCAUGACAAGAUCAAGGUUCCCCUCGUGGUGAAGAAGGCCAUCCUCGAGUCACUGAGGAGCAGCGGCGGCCAGCUGAGCGACGGCACGGCGGCGAUAAAGCGACAUGCCUUCGCAACUGGCAACGACAUCACAUGGGCGUGCCGCGACGAUGGCGUCGUCACCAUCACCGAUGCUAUCCUUGUCUGGCACAUCGCCACCACCCUCUUCGACAUGAAAUGCCGCUCCUCAUCUCCUGCUUCUUCUCCUUCUCCGGCAACGCCGCCCGUGGUGGCUAACGACAGCAGCAAGGCCGUCGUCGCCUGUUGCUUGUCGCGCUACUGCAUGCACCUGGUGGCAGAGGCUCCGGAGCUGCUGCCGGACAAGCCUGCCUGGAUCACACGCCGCUACGAGGCCGUGAAGAAGCGCAUCGAGGAGGCACCAAAGUGCAGCGGCGAUGAGUCGUCCGUGUACCAACACCUGGUCGACACUUUCAGCGGCGGCGGCGGGAACUCCCACGACGUGCUCAUCAACGGCGUGAGGCUUGGAAAGCAGCUGGUGGAGGAGGCUGAAAUAAGGCGGCGGCAGAGAUCACAAGGAGGAGGACGAGGAGCAGAGGCCGGAGCCCAAGCUGAAGACGAGGUGUGGGAGCUCCUCUCCGACUUCUGGUCGGAGAUGGUGCUCUACCUCGCGCCUUCCGACAAUGUCAAGGUCCAUAUCGAAGCCCUCCAGCGCGGCGGCGAGCUCAUCACGCUCCUGUGGGCGCUGCUGCUGCACGCCGGCAUCACCAGCAGGCCGGUGGAGUACAAUUUCAUUGCAUGUGUGCGGCUAUCGACAGGAGAUCCAGACGCCAUUGCACACCACUAGCCAAUGCAAACGUUCUGCAUACGCGCGCGCAAGAUGUUUCUGGCUAGAUAUGAAAAACAUGAUGUUGUUUUUUUCUUCUUUGUGAGACCUGAAUAAUUACUCUGGUUUUCUAGUUGUUAGUAAUGUUGUAUUCAAUUUGUACACCUGACAAAUAACGUUGUAUUCAAUUUACAGCUUCAAAAUGCUGCCCAAUAUCAAUAUACAAACUGUAUCUUU